AUGGUGCCACGGAACGACGAGCUCAGGCGCCCGCCACAGCCGCGCUUACUGUCCGUUCAGUCAUUCGUGUCCAAACGGUCGUUCCGCUCCCACUCAUCGUCCUUCGAGGCCGAUGAUGAGCGCUCCACGACGCCCUCGACCGAAGACUCCGGCCACGACAGGAUGAGCGACAGCAUCGACGACGGCCUUCCCUCGGCCUCCCGCUACCAGGGCGAGGACUCGCGCCCCACCAGCAAGAAGGAGCUCGCCGGCUGGUACAUGUACGCAUUUGCGGCCGAGACGUACGUAAUCUGCGCUAUUUCGUCGUUCAUCCCGAUCCUCCUCGAAAGUCUUGCUCGAGAAAAUGGCGUUCUGCUAUCCGAUCGAACUACACCAUGUCCCUCUAGCGACAGCUCGGCGAAACGGCCCAAAGGCGAGGACGGGCAGUGCAUCGUCCAGAUCCUGGGGCUAGACAUCAACACGGCAAGCUUUGCCAUGUAUACCUUCUCCAUCAGCGUGCUUCUGCAGGCCCUUCUCGUCGUCAGUAUCAGCUGCGCGGCCGACCAUGGCAACUACAGAAAGCGAUUGCUCCUAACGUUCGGCUGGGUUGGGGGCGUAUGUGUCAUGUGCUACAUCUUCAUCUUCAAGGAGAUAUAUGUUCUCGGGGCUCUGCUGGCUAUAAUAUCAAACACAUCGUUCGGCGCAUCCUUCGUUCUUCUCAACUCCUUCCUCCCGCUCCUCGUUCGCCACCAUCCGCGAGUACAGUACGCCGAUGGCUUACUGCCCUCGGAGACGGAUGUCGAUUCGCAACGCGAGGACGCUUCUUCAGUCGACACGGAGCGUCCCCUGAGUGGAUCUACCGCUGCGGUGCGUGCUUCGGCUGAUACAAGCUCAGAAUUUCACGAGCUGACGAGGACCCCUACAAAGGCAGAGCUAACUUCGAUCGAGUUGCAACUGUCCACCGAAAUCUCGGCCAAGGGGAUAGGCAUCGGCUAUGGCGCUGCACUCUUUGUGCAGUGCAUCUCCAUCAUGAUUCUGGUGGCCAUGGGAAGCUCAACGUGGUCCCAGCGAGUUGUGCUCCUGUUCGUCGGCUCCUGGUGGACGGUUUUCACCAUUCCUGCUGCCAUGUGGCUACGGCCAAGGCCUGGCCCUCCUCUGCCAGAAAACAAGGAGAAGGGACGAUGGGCAUGGCUGGCUUAUAUAUGGUACGCCUGGAAGAACCUGUACCGGACUGUGAAGCUUGCCAGGCGAUUGCUCGACAUUGUGCUUUUCCUCGCCGGCUGGUUUUUGCUCUCCGAUGCUAUCGCGACCACGUCAUCGACCGCAAUCCUAUUUGCAAAGACUACUCUUGGCAUGAGGCCCUGGGCCUUGGGUCUGAUCAACGUCAUCUCUACAACAACUGGUGUCAUGGGUGCCUUCAGUUGGUCCUUUAUCUCAAGGCGGCUAAAGCUCCAACCUCACCAGACGAUUCUAGCGUGCAUCGCGCUUUUCGAACUGAUACCCAUCUACGGCCUUCUCGGCUACCUACCCUUUGUGCAGCGGUGGGGUGUCAUUGGUUUACAGGCUCCAUGGGAGAUGUACCCCUUGGCCGCCGUGUACGGGUUCGUACUAGGUGGUCUAAGUUCAUACUGCAGAUCACUGUACGGCGAACUCAUCCCACCGGGCUCUGAAGCGGCGUUCUAUGCGCUGUAUGCUAUUACGGAUAAGGGGUCGAGCGUCUUCGGACCGGCGAUUGUGGGUGCGAUCAUUGAUGCAUCCGGGGAAAUCCGUCCGGCAUUCUGGUUCCUUGCGGCCUUGGUAGGUCUGCCUGCGCCUUUAAUCUAUUUCGUCAACGUGGAACGCGGGAAACGCGAAGGCGAGAAGCUGGCACUGGUGAUCGAGGGAUUCAAGAGCCGAGAAGACAUCUCAUCAGGGGACGCCCAGGCCGCCGACGAGCGUCAAGGAAUGCUGGCUGGGUAUGACGAGGACGAGGCCAGGAGAGGCGAGUAG